GUUUCUUACAUGAAAGAAAGGGAAGCCCUAGGCCCAACAAUUUUGGUUCUUUUCCACCAUUGUUUUCUCUGUUUCUCCCUCUGGCAGCCAUUCCCAUACCCAAACUCCCUCACCUAUCAUAUUUCAUUUCUUCUCCUUCUCCAUUGCUGCCUAAAAGCUCCAUCCCAAGAUUAAGUUUCGUGUCUUCUGGGGGUUCAUACGUUCGCCAAUCCUCAAGUUUCCACAAUUCUUUUUCUUUUUUUCUAGCUCUUGCGGCUUCAACGAUUCUGGACCUGUUGUCAAGGCCAGCCACUUAAUCAUGGCUGCAAAAAUUCUUGCCAAUUUAAUUGUUAUGGGCUCUGGGAUACUUGCGAGGGCCUUUGUUCAAGCCUACCGUCAAGCCCUUGCAAAUGCUUCAAAGUCUGGUGUUGCUCAAGAGACAAUGCAAAACACUGUUCGUAGAGCAAGCAAAGUGAUGACGGAGCAAGAAGCGAGGCAGAUUCUUGGUGUCACCGAGGAAACGCCUUGGGAAGAAGUUGCAAAGAAAUAUGACGCCUUGUUUGAAAGAAAUGCUCAAACUGGAAGCUUUUAUCUUCAGUCAAAAGUUCACAGAGCCAAGGAACGAUUAGAAACUCUCUAUCAGAACAAAGGUCAGGAUGCCCCUAGCUGAGUGUUCUGAGAAAUGUGUUAGUUUUGAACAUUUUACUGAUCUUGUAUAAUUUUUAUUUUCAUUAUGGUUGGCAAGGCAUAAAUGAUGAAAUUGGUGUUGUCUUUGUGUUUUUUUUUUUUUACAUAUAAUUUCUCUUCUAAUUAAAGGUAGUUGUUUUUGGAGGUAAUAUGUAAAUUAUCAUUUGGACAAUUUGCAUAUACUGCAAUAUUAACACAAAAUAAUAGUAAAUUAGAUCAAUCUAUAACUA